AUGGCUCCCAAGGUCCGCGCUGCUCCCACUCAGGAGGUUUCCCUCGGCCCCAACGUCGGUGAGGGCGAGCUCGUCUUCGGCGUUGCUCACAUCUUCGCCUCGUUCAACGACACCUUCGUUCACGUCACUGAUCUCUCGGGCAGGGAAACCAUCGUCCGCGUUACUGGCGGCAUGAAGGUCAAGGCCGACCGUGACGAGUCGUCGCCCUACGCCGCGAUGCUUGCCGCCCAGGACUGCGCCGUCCGCUGCAAGGAGGUCGGUGUCACUGCGCUCCACAUCAAGCUGCGCGCCACUGGUGGUACCCGCACCAAGACCCCCGGCCCCGGUGCCCAGGCCGCGCUCCGCGCCCUCGCCCGUGCCGGCAUGAGGAUCGGAAGGAUCGAGGACGUCACCCCCGUCCCCACCGACAGCACCCGCAAGAAGGGCGGUCGCCGUGGUCGCCGUCUCUGA